AUCACAUGCAUCCCUUUUUUUUUCUUCCUUUUUUGGUGCAAUUUUUUCUUUGGGAACUUUUUACAAACACUUUGUGGUCAAUCCCUUUUUUUGCACUUUAUUGUAUAAUCUCUUACAUAUAUAUAUACACCCUAAUAACUCAUUCUCUUCCCCAACACCCAACAAAAAAUACCCACUUCCCCAUUUUCACAAAUUCCGUCUCUUUCUUUUUUAUUAUUUCUUUCCUCUCUGUAAAAUGGCCGAAAUCAAAUUAUUCGGCCAGACAAUCGUGUUACAAGUAAAACAAGAAAACAAAAAUGAACCCGAACAGAAUAACAAUAACAACAACGACGACAAUAACAAUCUUAUUCACAAGAGGCCAGAUAAGAUUAUCCCUUGUCCAAGGUGCAAGAGCAUGGAAACAAAAUUUUGUUAUUUCAACAAUUACAAUGUCAAUCAACCUCGUCAUUUUUGUAAGGGCUGCCAGCGGUACUGGACCGCUGGCGGAGCCCUUAGGAAUGUUCCCAUAGGGGCUGGUAGACGAAAAGCCAAACCACCUGGCCGAGGCGGCGGCAUGUUUGGAGAGACUUGCCUACUUGAUGGAGUGAAUAUCGAGCAAUUUGAUUUAGAUGGAAUGGUUGUGGAUGACUGGCAACUGGCUGCGGCUAUGGCUACCGGUGGCGCUUUCACACAUGAUGAGUUUCAGGUUAAGAGGAGGAGGAGUGAGUCUACUGGUCAAACUUGUUGAUUAUUAUUUUUAUUUUAUUUUUUUGGUAUUUUCUACUUUUGUUUUUAAUUGUAGAUCAAUAACUAAAAAAAAAAAAAAAAAAGCACUAAGAAAAUUAUUGUUAAUGAUGAAAUUUUGGUGUAUGUAUAUAUAUUAGUUAUUUUUUUUCCUUAACAAAAGGUAAAUUUAGCCUUUGGGUAAUUUGGAGUAAUCUUUUGUGUUAAACUCUAUUUACUUUGAUUAUAAUUGGCCAUUUAUAAUAAAAAAGAAAUGUAAUCAUGUGAAAUCUUGCUAUGUUAGAUUUAUUUUAGCAUUGGUUUA